CAUUUUUUUCUUUCUUUAUUGAAUCACAUAAAACGAGUGAUAUAAAUGAACCAACAAAACCCAAAUAUUAUCAAUGUCACUCAACCAAAUCAACAACAGCAACAACCAAAUCAACAGCAGCAGCAACAACCACAAAUGCUGCAACCACAACAGGGCCUCAACUUGAGUCUGCCAAAUGAUACUUCAAAUGCGAACUGGCGUGAAGAAUUAAGCGUACAUGAUAGAGCUCGUUUUGUUGCACAACUGGGGAACGCCUUGAAACACCUAUCUCCUAACACAGCAGAUACAGACAUUUUUGCAGCAGCAAAGAAUUAUGAACUUAGUCUUUACACAAGAUGUACAAGCAAGAAUCAAUAUAUCAUGGCAUAUGCUAAAAAAUUUCAUCAAAUCAAGUUUCAACUACAAAAUCAAACUGGCGCAAAUAACAGUGCUGCAGCCACCUCCAUGAUAAAUGAUAACCAACUUUUAAAUAUGAACCCACUCACUGUUCAACAAAUGUCCCCAUUGUUACAGCAGCAACAGCCACAAUCACAAAGUGUAUCCCCUCAAGUUCAACCAGCUGUGCAACCACAGAUACAAAAACCUUCUCCUUUAAGUCAACAGCAACAGCUUCCUCCACAGCAACAACAACAAGCAAACAUAAACAAUCAAAAUCAACUUCGAGCAAAUAUGUUCCAACAAGGUAUGCUUCAAGCAAGGCCGCCUGCACAACAACAAACACCACCUCAACAAAAUCAACAGCAGCAGCAACAGCAACAGCAACAGCCGCAACAACAGCCGGGUCAGCAGAAUAUACCGCAGCAAUUAAACGCGCAGCAAGCACAAAUGUUAGCCCUCCAGAGAACGGCUGCUCAAGCAAUGGCGGCUGCUGCUGGAACUAAUCCAAGUAAUAAUAAUAAUAAUAACAUGAUAAACAAUGUGGCCAACAUGAAUACCACUGCUCAACAACAAAUUCCUGUUAAUAUGCUUCAACAACUAAAUAUGGCAAAUGCGAAUCAAGCUGCCAUGACCAUGUCGCCAAGACAAUUCCAAGCAUAUCUUACACGUCAAAUCGCACUUCAACAACAGCAACAACAGCAAAGUGGACAAAGUACGCCACAAAUGACAUCUCAGCAGCAACAAGGUACACCACAGUUUAAUAAUGCAAAUAUUGAUCCAACAAGCAUUAUCAAUUUAAAUAUGGCACAAAAUUUCCGAACGCCAGCUUCGGGUAUUAAUACAACAACUACACCAAUGCAACCUAAUAAUUUUCAAAAUACGCCAAACCAUCAAGUACAGAACCUGAUAGGACAACAGCAUUUGACUCCAGAGCUUUUGAUGCAGCACCUUCAACAACAGCAACAACACAACAACAGCAACAACAGGCACAGUCGCAAUCUCAAGCUCAGGCCCAGGUUCUAGCGCAAGCCCAGGCUCAGCAACAGGCACAAGCAAAGGCUCAGGCAUUAGCGCAAGCUCAGGCUCAGGCUCAGGCCCAGGCUCAGGCUCAGGCUCAGGCUCAGCAACAAUCACAGCAGCAAGCCAAGCCUCCUCAGCAGCCCUCAC